GCUCGCUCGCCGGUCAAUACGUCAUGGAAGGUUUCUUGGGACUGCGCAUCCCGCUCUGGCUUCGAUUGCUUGUGACGAGGUCAAUAGCGCUGGUCCCCGCCUUGUUUGUAGCCGUUUGGCAGAGUAGUGCCGCUGGGGAGUCAGCGGCUUCCCUGUCAGCGGUCAACGAUUGGCUGAAUAUUCUCCAGUCGGUUCAACUACCAUUCGCGCUCUUGCCGUUGUUGCAUUUUGUCGGGGACCCGAAAGUCAUGGGACAUGUAGUAAACACCAGAAUGAGUGAACUUUUAGGUACUCUCGUGCUUGUUUUGGGAGUGGCAGUGUUUUGUGGUUACCUUGUGUUGAUGGCGACAGCAGUGCA